AUAAUGCCUGAGGUGCGAGACCUCUCGGAUGCCUUGCCCGACUUGCCGAUGGAUCCCAUCACGGGUGUCGGUGUGGUUGCAUCCCGGAACCGAGCACCGACAGGUUAUGAUGUAGUUGCACAAACAGCAGAUGGCUUGGAUGCUGACCUCUGGAAAGAUGGCCUGUUUAAAUCCAAGGUCACACGAUACCUGUGCUUCACGAGAUCGUUUUCAAAAGAAAAUAGUCAUUUAGGCAACGUCUUGGUUGAUAUGAAGCUCAUUGAUAUCAAGGACACUUUACCCGUGGGCUUCAUCCCCAUCCAGGAGACCACUGAUACACAAGAAAUAGCUUUCAGAAAGAAGAGGCUGUGCAUUAAAUUCAUCCCUCGAGAUUCUACAGAGGCAGCGAUCUGUGAUAUCCGAAUCCUGGGUAGAUCUAAACAAGCCCCUCCUCAGUACACCUUCAUAGGGGAGUUGAACAACAUGGGCAUUUGGUACCGGAUGGGCAGAGUUCCACGCAACCAUGAAUCUUCACAGCCUGAAACUCCUCCUUCCCAAGUACCAUCUUCAACACCAGCUCCUAACCUGCCAAAGUAA